UUUUUCUAUCCCCGCUCGUCGCCCGUGAUGUAGUAACUCCCGAAAAUCAAUACGGAAAAUUGCCUUUUCAUUUUGUCUCCUACUGCACUCUUGCUCUAUUUUCUGUACUGUGCUUUGUUGAGAAUGGUAAGUGUUAAUUUGACUUACUUAAAUUAUUGGUCGUGUGCAAAUAUGAACAGAGUAGUUGUGUCUCAGGGUCGAGUUUUGUUUGAAGCUAAAAUAAUAAUAAAAAACUAUUCCGGUAAUCAAGUAUUAUCAGCACUUUAGAGCAACACUGUUACAUCAAGCUUUGUGCUAUUAACGUAAAUCGACUAUUUUUCACGAUCACUUUGUCAUAUAUAGAUAGCAUGAACUUAGCUGCUAAGAAUCGCACAAACGGUUUCACAUAGUCAAUAAAUUUAAAUUUGCAAAUACUCGACUUUAGCUAGAGACAAUUUAGGUUUAAAUAAAUUAAACAUAGUUACGCUAUCAAAUAGUUUAAAUUACGAGGAUAUCCAGCAUAUAUUCUGUCACUCUCAAAAAUGCCUAUCCAUUUCGGAAAAUUCUUUAGGAUGACUUAUGUAAUGUCUUCACAUGUAUUUCUCAUUUGUUUUUAAUGCUGCUUCGGCUGGUUCGGAAGUGAAUAGUAAAAACUAUUCAUUUUCGAGCAGCUGAUGAGACAGAAUUGCGCGUCCAGAGUUUAAUUUCCGACCAUUUUUUGGUAUUUUUAGAGAAAUAAACAAGUUUUUGACAUCUGUGUGCUCAAUAUACUGAAACAAUUAUUCACCUCAAUGUCGGUGAAAGUGGUUGAUAUUUGCCUCGCCACUUUGCAGCUUGGUUAAUGUCCUCCAUUAUUCACUUUAACUCUGGUGAAUAAUCGAUGAUUAGUAUAUCCCUAAAACAGUAUAUUGCUUUAAGGCGCACUUAGAUUGGCUACUUAAACUCAAAAUAUCCUUUGCAAUUCACCUACAUGCAAUGCCUGCAGGAUUUUUGCCUCAAAAUAUUAUUGUUGUCAUUGCAUGAAUAAAUAAGUUAAAAACAUCUUUUUAUGCCAUGUUAUUGAACUUUUUUAGUAUAUAAUAAAAAUACUACUCAUUUCAGUGUUGGUUGCUAUUGACCUCACUGCUUAGCAGCUCAGUAAAUAUCCACUUUUAUUGAGAACUAGAGCAUUGGAUGAUGCAAUUCAGAAGUUUUCAUAGGCAUAAACAUUAUAUGCUAACUGAGCCAUUAUACCAUACGUGUACAAGAAGACCACUUAAACCAGAAGUGUUUUCGUACAUUGCAACAUUCUGUUUGUUCUUACAAAAUAAAGUCGGAAAGAUUUAUCUGUAUUUUGAGGCAUUUUUGUUAAAACUAUUUAAUCCACUUGUAUUUGUUGGAUAUGAGAUGAUUACAGCCAACUCAGCCCUACAGGUCUCUUUUACUAUCUAUCAUCUCAUAUCCAACACAUGCUUGUGGAAUAAUUGUUUACUAGCUACCUCAGUGUUGGUGAAUAGUUUUUGCCCACUGGCUACUUUAUUAAAUGGAAUUCUUUGUCAAGCUAAGUGUAUUGUUUCUAUCAAGUUGAAGCAGGUUUGUUUUCAUUUUAGGUGGAACAGUUUACAGAGAGUCAAAUUGAUGGUAUGGUGUAGAAUUUAUUGAAAGAAAUUAUGGUGGUUAUUUGUGGUACACAACUUUAGUCCAAGGUCUGGGACAGGGGGAGAAGAUCCUCCUUGAAAUACCUUGUUAGAGCUGGAUUGUCUGGUCAUCAAAAUCCUGAACCUAAUAUUGACAAAAGCACAUCAUUUUCCCCACAAGUUUUUCAUAGCUGACCUCUAAAAUCCAUACCUAAUUUCUUACCUGAUUUUUGAAAAUUGUACAUGGUCUAUUAAUCCAAGUAUGCUUUAAAUUAAUAAAAUUUAGUUGGAAAUUUUAGUUGCUGGUAUUUUGGUGUUUUGGUUACUUGUAUUUGUCUUGUAAUUCCUGAAAAAUUCCUUUAUCUUAAGAGUUGAAGACCAUGAUGGGAAAUUCUAUAUCUGUAUUCAGAUAAAAAUUGUUCAACAACCAUUCUCUUUGGUGUGGCACAUAUCUGUAUAGCUUACAUAGCUUUGGUUAUCCUCAUCCCUAGUAUCCUCUGGGCAUUAGUAAGCUCAAUAUUUAAGCAAAUUUAAUAUGUUGAACCUCAGAAUUUUUAUAAUAAACUGAAUUAAUUUUUCUCUUGCAUCAUUCCACAGAAUUUAAGGAGUGCUUCUCACUGUUUGAUGGGGACAGUGAUGGCAUGAUAACUGAACAGGAACUAGCACUGACCAUGCGAUCCUUGGGAGAGAAUAUCACACAUGUAGAAAUUGCUGCGCUGAUGAAAAAGGCUGGUAAGAUAAAGACUGCAACUAUUGUUAACAUGAUAUUGGGGCAAGUUUAAGAUAAGCAAAGACUUUUCCAUCCCCUACCAAAGAUUAAAUUUUCAAUAAUUAAUAUAUGUAAACUUGAUUGUUUGUUUAUAAAUCUGCUUGGAGUAUUACUUUAUACACACAGGCAUCUUUACUUGGUCUACAAAACAUACAAAUAGAGAACUGUUUAUUAUUUAAUUAUGCUUAUCUUCAUGCCAUGAGAAGUUACAAUGCCAGCAGUGCCACUUUUUUUUAAAAGAGUUACUGAUUUAAUACUUGUAGAAACAUACUUACCUCUGUCUGUCAUUAAAGCACACCAAAGAAUGAUUACCAUUUGAUUUAAUUGUGCUAAUCAGUGCUAUUGGUGUAUGCAUCGAUGGAAUAGAACAAAGGUUACAAAGAAUUUUGAUGCAAUUCAAUAUUAUUUCUUGUUAUUAAUGAGUUUGCUCAGCUAGUUAAUGUAGUGGCAUUAUGAUGCUUGGAAACCCAUUUUUUCAUCAAAUUAAUUCUGUUAACAGUUGAAAGUUCAUAAUUUCUUUCCAGGAAAAUACAGCAGUUUCUUUUGAAAUUAACUCCAACUACUCCACGAAAGUUUUUAUUUGACUGAUAAAGAUUGCUUUUUUAAUAUUCAUUGAAGCUAUAAGUUGUAUAAUAUUUUUUGGUUACAUACAUGUAUGUAACCACAUCAUAAUGAUGUAAAUUUUUACUAAUAAUUAUCGUUAUCAUUGAUAUUAGUAUCUCUAUUGAUUUAUUAUGUUAGCAUUAUCAUUGUUUCUGAUCAUUACUAUGUACUUGUAUGUCUCUGUUGAUAUCUGAGCCUGAAAAUACUCUUUCCUAUUUACAAAAUAUUAGGUAAGCAGAAAGUGCGAUUCCCAGAAUUCUUGAAGAUGAUGGCAGAACAGCAUAAAAAGAACUUAAACUCAGAGCGUGAAAUUUUGGCUGCUUUUACAGCUUUAGACAGGAACAAAACUGGUGUUGUGAGUCGCAAGCAACUACAGCAUCUAAUGACAGGCACAGGGGAUAAACUCACACCUGCAGAAUGUAAGAGAUUUGAUAAGUGUCUGGCAAAAAUGAUUCAUAAUGGCAGUUACUUACAAUGCAACAGGUUUAGCUUCCCACUAGGAGUAUUGUGCUUGUAAAUGUUUUUCAAUCAAUUUUAUGUUACUUAAGGGUUAGAGAUCUAGGACAGAACUUUAAGAGGAACUGUCACAAGCUGUGUCUGAGAUGAAGGGAGAACUCAAACAUUGUUUUUAAUGUAGCUGAACACGCUAUCUUCUCGCAAGGCUCUCACAUUUUAGUGGUUACCUUGUUAUGCCAAUACUCCCCUACAAAUUGCUUCUAAGUUGCUCUGCUGUGAAUGUUACUUCUUUCUAGUAUAAGGUACCUUUUCCAUUUUGUUAUUUCAUUUACUUGCUAUCAUUUCAGUGAUGUUACUUGUUUUUAUUUUCAAUUGGUGUUUCCCUUCUUCUAAUGACAGAGAUACUUGUUGUGUUAGUGCCUGUAAAUCAUGGAAGAAUGCCCUGUUUCUGUCUCUCCAUUACAAUUCCCCCUUGGUUAUAGUUUACCCUAUUGUUUCAAUACUGGUAUUCUUGUUAAGUUUGAGGAGUCAGUAAUCCUACCCUAGAUUAUGAGUGUUCAUUUGUCCUACUACCCCUAUUUAAGCAGGGUGCUUUUGUAGGCUAGUACUCAUAUUUUUUCUAAUGCACCAACCUCAACUAGUUCCCCUAAUCCAGCAAAGUAACUAUUGUUCCUGGCCAGUGAUCUUCCUUUCAUGAGGUUUGUUUUGUUCAAAAAUCCCUAUUUCAAAAUGAUAUUCUUUAUACCUAUACCCAUUGUCCCUGUUAUCAACUGGCCAUGGCAAUAGUAGCCCUCUUGUUACAAUGAUUUAUUCCUUUCAAUGUUCCAGUGUGUGUUUCAAAAUUUUUUUUUCUAAGUUUAAGUUUACAAAUGUGUUUUUUUUUUCUUUCAGUUCAACAGAUGUUAAAGGAUUUGAACUUGGACGGUGGCAGCUCUAUUAAUUAUUCAGGUCAGAAAUGCAUAUGA